CGCGGCCGUGGCCGCCCCGGCCCGGGGCAGUGAGUGCGCCCGCCGCGACCUGCCCGCCGCUGCCAUGGCCGAAGUGCGCAAAUUCACCAAGCGGCUCAGCAAGCCCGGCACGGCGGCCGAGCUCCGGCAGAGCGUGUCGGAGGCCGUGCGGGGCUCCGUGGUGCUGGAAAAGACCAAAAUUGUUGAGCCCUUGGACUAUGAGAAUGUUAUCACCCAAAGGAAAACCCAGAUUUACAGCGACCCCCUCAGAGACCUGCUUAUGUUUCCAAUGGAAGAUAUCUCUAUCUCGGUGAUAAGUCGUCAGCGCAGAACAGUGCAGUCCACUGUACCAGAAGAUGCUGAGAAGAGGGCCCAAAGUUUGUUUGUCAAAGAGUGUAUUAAAACCUAUAGCACAGAUUGGCAUGUGGUAAACUACAAGUAUGAAGACUUCUCUGGAGACUUUCGAAUGUUGCCAUGCAAAUCUCUGCGACCAGAAAAGAUUCCCAGUCACGUAUUUGAGAUUGACGAGGACUGUGAGAAAGACGAGGAUUCCUCUUCGCUGUGUUCUCAGAAGGGUGGCGUCAUAAAACAAGGCUGGUUGCAUAAAGCAAAUGUAAAUAGUACCAUCACGGUCACCAUGAAGGUAUUCAAGAGACGGUAUUUUUACUUGACUCAGCUUCCUGACGGUUCAUACAUUCUCAACUCCUACAAAGAUGAGAAAAACUCCAAAGAAUCUAAAGGUUGCAUCUACUUGGACGCCUGCAUUGACGUUGUUCAGUGCCCCAAAAUGCGCCGUCACGCAUUUGAACUCAAGAUGCUAGAUAAGUAUAGCCAUUAUCUGGCUGCUGAAACUGAGCAGGAAAUGGAGGAAUGGUUGCUAACUUUGAAAAAGAUUAUUCAGAUCAAUACCGACAGUUUAGUGCAAGAGAAAAAGGAGACAGUAGAAACAACCCAAGAAGAUGAAACUAGCAGCCAAGGAAAAGCCGAGAACAUCAUGGCCAGUUUGGAAAGGAGCAUGCAUCCGGAACUGAUGAAGUAUGGCAGAGAAACUGAACAGCUAAACAAACUCAGUAGAGGGGAUGGAAGACAGAAUCUCUUUUCUUUUGAUUCGGAGGUCCAGAGGUUGGACUUUUCAGGAAUUGAACCUGAUAUAAAGCCAUUUGAGGAGAAGUGCAAUAAACGUUUCCUGGUGAACUGCCAUGAUUUAACUUUCAAUAUCUCGGGUCAAGUUGGAGACAAUGCAAAAGGACCACCCACAAAUGUUGAACCCUUUUUUAUCAAUCUCGCCUUAUUCGACGUAAGGAACAACUGCAAGAUUUCAGCUGACUUCCACGUAGACCUGAAUCCCCCAUCUGUCCGGGAAAUGCUGUGGGGCCCUUCAGCCCAGGUGGCUGGUGAUGGAAACCUGACGAGCUCUUCCCCGGAGCCUUUCAUUCAUGGAAUUGCUGAAUCCCAGUUACGCUACAUAAAGCAGGGAAUUUUCUCAGUGACGAAUCCGCAUCCUGAAAUUUUUCUGGUUGCAAGAAUUGAAAAGGUGCUCCAGGGAAACAUUGCGCACUGUGCAGAACCCUACAUCAAAAAUUCAGACCCAGCAAAGACGGCCCAGAAGGUGCACAGGACAGCAAAGCAAGUGUGUAGCCGCCUUGGACAAUACAGAAUGCCCUUUGCUUGGGCUGCCAGACCCAUUUUCAAAGAUACUCAAGGUUCUCUGGAUCUGGAUGGGAGAUUUUCUCCUUUGUAUAAACAAGACAGUAGCAAGCUUUCAAAUGAAGACAUUCUCAAGUUGCUCUCAGAAUACAAGAAGCCAGAGAAGACCAAAUUGCAGAUUAUUCCUGGGCAGCUCAACAUCACAGUAGAAUGUGUUCCUGUGGAUUUAUCAAAUUGUAUUACUUCAUCAUAUGUGCCCCUAAAGCCUUUCGAAAAGAAUUGUCAAAAUAUUACUGUGGAGGUCGAAGAGUUUGUUCCAGAAAUGACAAAAUACUGUUAUCCAUUUACUGUUUACAAAAACCAUCUGUAUGUAUAUCCCUUGCAAUUAAAAUACGAUAGCCAGAAAACAUUUGCCAAGGCAAGGAACAUUGCGGUCUGUGUGGAAUUCCGGGAUUCAGAUGAAAGCGACGCUAGCGCUCUAAAGUGUAUUUACGGAAAACCCGCUGGGUCUGUUUUUACCACAAAUGCUUAUGCUGUUGUCUUGCAUCACAACCAAAAUCCAGAGUUCUAUGAUGAGAUUAAAAUCGAGCUUCCCAUUCACCUGCAUCAAAAACAUCAUUUGCUUUUUGCUUUUUAUCAUGUGAGUUGUGAAAUUAAUACAAAGGGAACAACCAAAAAGCAAGACACAGUUGAAACUCCAGUUGGCUUUGCGUGGGUACCUUUGCUGAAGGAUGGUAGAAUCAUUACAUUUGAGCAGCAGCUGCCAGUUUCCGCCAAUCUUCCUCCGGGCUACUUGAAUCUGAAUGAUGCAGAAUCAAGAAGGCAAUCUAAUGUGGAUAUUAAGUGGGUAGACGGUGCAAAGCCUUUGUUGAAGAUUAAAAGCCACUUAGAGUCUACGAUUUAUACUCAAGAUCUCCAUGUACACAAAUUCUUCCAUCAUUGCCAGCUGAUUCAGUCAGGCUCAAAAGAGGUUCCGGGGGAGCUCAUUAAAUAUUUAAAGUGUUUGCAUGCCAUGGAGAUCCAAGUCAUGAUACAGUUUCUACCUGUAAUUCUUAUGCAACUCUUCCGGGUUCUCACAAAUAUGACCCACGAAGAUGACGUUCCUAUCAACUGCACCAUGGUUCUCUUACAUAUCGUUUCGAAGUGCCAUGAAGAAGGCUUGGAUAAUUAUUUAAGAUCCUUCAUCAAGUAUAGCUUCCGACCUGAAAAACCGAGCGCCCCUCAGGCCCAGCUGAUACACGAAACCCUGGCUACCACGAUGAUUGCCAUAUUGAAACAGUCUGCCGACUUUUUAGCAAUAAACAAACUGCUAAAGUACUCAUGGGUCUUUUUUGAAAUUAUUGCAAAGUCUAUGGCCACAUACUUGUUGGAAGAGAAUAAAAUUAAGCUUCCCAGAGGCCAGAGAUUUCCAGAGACAUAUCAUCAUGUCUUACAUUCGUUGCUUCUCGCAAUAAUUCCCCACGUGACUAUUCGCUAUGCCGAGAUUCCCGAUGAGUCCCGAAAUGUCAAUUAUAGUUUGGCUAGCUUCCUGAAGCGCUGCCUGACGCUAAUGGAUAGAGGAUUUGUUUUCAAUUUGAUAAACGACUACAUAUCUGGAUUCAGCCCCAAAGAUCCCAAGGUUCUGGCCGAAUACAAGUUUGAAUUUCUGCAAACAAUUUGCAAUCACGAACAUUACAUUCCUCUGAAUUUGCCAAUGGCAUUUGCAAAACCUAAACUCCAGCGUGUUCAAGAUUCAAAUCUUGAAUACAGUUUAUCAGAUGAAUAUUGCAAGCAUCACUUCUUGGUUGGUUUACUUCUGAGGGAAACCUCCAUUGCUCUCCAAGACAAUUAUGAGAUCAGAUAUACAGCUAUCUCUGUCAUAAAGAAUCUUUUGAUAAAACAUGCAUUUGACACUAGAUACCAACACAAGAACCAACAGGCCAAAAUAGCACAAUUGUACCUACCGUUUGUUGGACUGCUCUUGGAAAAUAUACAGCGGUUAGCAGGUCGAGAUACCUUGUAUUCUUGCGCAGCCUUGCCUAAUUCUGCAUCCAGGGAUGAGUUUGCAUGUGGCUUCACUUCACCUACAAAUAGAGGGAGUCUGAGCACUGACAAAGACACUGCUUAUGGGGCUUUUCAAAAUGGACAUGGAAUCAAGAGGGAAGAUUCAAGAGGUUCCCUCAUCCCAGAAGGAGCAACAGGAUUUCCAGAUCAGAGCGGAACUGUUGAAAAUACCCGACAGAGUUCUACAAGGGGUAGUGUAUCCCAGUAUAACCGACUCGACCAGUAUGAAACCAGAAGCCUCUUAAUGUGUUACCUGUAUAUAGUAAAAAUGAUUUCUGAAGAUACUCUCUUAACUUACUGGAAUAAAGUAUCUCCUCAGGAGCUCAUAAACAUUCUCAUACUUCUAGAAGUGUGUUUGUUUCACUUUAGAUAUAUGGGGAAAAGAAACAUAGCAAGGGUGCACGAUGCCUGGCUGUCAAAGCACUUUGGAAUAGACCGAAAAUCGCAAACCAUGCCAGCUCUUCGAAACAGAUCAGGGGUAAUGCAGGCCCGACUUCAGCAUCUUAGCAGCCUGGAAAGUUCGUUUACACUUAAUCACAGCUCUGCAACCAGCGAAGCAGACAUUUUCCAUCAGGCACUUCUUGAAGGCAACACUGCUACUGAAGUUUGCUUAACGGUGCUGGAUACCAUCUCCUUUUUCACCCAGUGCUUCAAGAGUCAACUUUUAAAUAACGACGGCCACAACCCAUUAAUGAAAAAAGUAUUUGAUAUUCAUCUGGCUUUCCUUAAAAAUGGACAGUCUGAAGUGUCGCUGAAACAUGUUUUUGCCUCACUACGAGCUUUCAUCAGUAAGUUUCCCUCAGCCUUUUUCAAGGGAAGGGUGAACAUGUGUGCUGCAUUUUGCUAUGAGGUUUUAAAGUGCUGCACCUCGAAGAUUAGCUCAACCAGGAACGAAGCAUCUGCACUUUUGUACCUUCUGAUGAGAAACAACUUUGAGUAUACCAAAAGGAAAACCUUUUUGAGGACACAUCUUCAGAUCAUAAUCGCGGUGAGCCAGCUGAUAGCCGACGUGGCGCUAAGCGGAGGAUCGCGAUUUCAGGAGUCUCUGUUCAUUAUCAACAAUUUUGCAAACAGUGACAGACCCAUGAAGGCAACUGCUUUUCCCACAGAAGUCAAAGACUUGACUAAGAGAAUCCGUACCGUUCUUAUGGCUACUGCUCAAAUGAAGGAGCACGAGAAAGAUCCUGAAAUGCUCAUUGAUCUCCAGUAUAGCUUGGCCAAGUCCUAUGCAAGCACCCCAGAGCUCAGGAAAACCUGGCUCGACAGCAUGGCCAAGAUUCAUAUAAAGAAUGGAGACUUUUCAGAGGCAGCAAUGUGUUAUGUCCACGUGGCCGCUUUGGUUGCAGAGUUUCUUCAUCGAAAAAAAUUAUUCCCUAAUGGAUGUUCAGCCUUCAAGAAAAUUACUCCCAAUAUAGAUGAAGAAGGAGCAAUGAAAGAAGAUGCUGGAAUGAUGGAUGUCCAUUAUAGUGAAGAAGUGUUGCUGGAGUUGCUAGAACAAUGUGUGGAUGGCUUAUGGAAAGCAGAACGUUAUGAAGUGAUUUCUGAGAUUUCCAAGUUGAUCAUUCCAAUUUAUGAGAAACGUCGUGAAUUUGAGAAACUUACUCAAGUUUAUAGAACUCUUCAUGGAGCUUACACAAAAGUUCUAGAGGUUAUGCAUACAAAAAAAAGACUUUUAGGAACUUUCUUCAGAGUUGCCUUUUAUGGCCAAUCUUUCUUUGAAGAAGAAGAUGGGAAGGAGUACAUCUAUAAAGAACCAAAGCUCACCGGCCUCUCAGAGAUUUCCCUGAGACUUGUGAAACUUUAUGGUGAAAAAUUUGGCACAGAGAAUGUUAAAAUAAUUCAGGAUUCUGACAAGGUGAAUGCCAAAGAGCUCGAUCCAAAAUAUGCUCAUAUCCAAGUCACUUACGUGAAGCCCUACUUUGAUGACAAAGAACUCACAGAAAGAAAGACCGAGUUUGAAAGAAACCAUAAUAUCAACAGAUUUGUUUUUGAAGCUCCUUAUACAUUAUCCGGCAAAAAGCAAGGUUGCGUAGAAGAACAAUGCAAACGCCGCACAAUCUUGACUACUUCCAACUCCUUUCCAUAUGUGAAGAAGAGGAUCCCUAUAAACUAUGAGCAGCAGAUUAAUUUAAAGCCCAUCGAUGUUGCUACUGACGAAAUCAAAGAUAAAACGGCAGAGCUGAAAAAACUUUGCUCUUCUGCUGACGUGGACAUGAUUCAGCUCCAGCUGAAAUUGCAGGGCUGCGUCUCAGUGCAGGUAAAUGCUGGUCCAUUAGCAUACGCAAGGGCUUUCUUAAAUGAUAGCCAAGCUAGCAAGUAUCCACCUAAGAAAGUAAAUGAGUUGAAAGACAUGUUUAGGAAAUUCAUACAGGCAUGCAGCAUUGCGCUUGAACUAAAUGAGCGGCUAAUUAAAGAGGAUCAAAUUGAGUACCAUGAAGGGCUCAAGUCAAAUUUCAGAGACAUGGUGAAAGAAUUGUCUGACAUUAUCCACGAGCAGAUACUACAAGAAGACACGAUCCAUUCCCCCUGGAUGAGCAACACAUUACAUGUAUUUUGUGCAAUUAGUGGUACAUCGAGCGACAGAGGUUAUGGUUCCCCAAGAUACACUGCUGAAAUCUGAGGACAUGCAGAUGCAAAGUGACAACGAGACUGACCUUUCUCAGGAAUAAUCGGAGCUGUGCAAAUGUUAAAAUUUAAAGAUUUGAUAUACAUGGAGUGUUUCUUCCUGACACCAAAAUUUUCAUGCUUUCAAACAGGGUGCUUACAUAUUUGUAAAUAUUUAAGCAACUUGAAAGUGCCUGGAAAAUUGCACCACUGUGCUUGGUUUGUACUUUUUUAGGUAAAUCUAUAUACGGAAAAGUAGAGCUCAAAAACAUUAAUUCAAUUUGCUUAAUUAUUGCUUCAGAUAAUAAUGGUACUGUGUAAAAUUGUAUAAUGGAACACAAUAAAAGGUAAAACU